AUGUCUCCACAACCCGACACAGACUUGGACGCCGACGACAUUUCCAUCACAUCGACGGUCGAGGGCGAACCCCCUGACGAUGCAGUCUACGCAGUCGAGGAAAUUCUGGCCGAGAAGUGGGACAUUUGGGACGAUGAUGAUCCUUACCAACCCCCCUUCCGCGGUAUCAAGUACCUGACCAAAUGGGAUGGCUAUCCACUUCACGACCUCAUAGGCACUUGGGAGCCCAUAUCCGCCUUUAUAAUUCCUGAUGAUGAUGGUAACAAUCCAUCCGACACACCACCAUUGCUCCGAGCAUGGCAUGAAUGUAGGAAGUCUAUGGGCGAGCCUCACUUCCACAGGUAUUGUCAAAAGAACAUAGACGACUUCCAUGCCGCAAUCGAAGCUGCAGAAACGGCCAGGGCGGCCAGAAAAGCAAAGCGCGAUAAGAAGCGCCAGAGGCUUGCAUUGUCAAAGAAACGGUCGGCACUUUUUGUGUCGAACAGCGAAGCCGAAGAUGGGCGUGCCGCAUCAAAUCAAUCGCAGGAGCAGAACUUUCCACAAGCUGCUGUCGGUGCUCACAGCCCAUCAUCAGCCAAGCAACCUCAAACAGCCCGUAAACUACCUUUGGCGCAGUCGGAUCUAUCAUCAUCCGAGGCAGACUUAACAGAUGACUCAACGAUGGCUGAAUUGGGUAAAAUUUCGAAAAAGACGACACGCAGUUCAAUUGGCACCAAGGGUUCGGCUAGUGAUAGUCAAUCAAGACGCAAUUCAUUGCAGUUACCAUGCAGCCCGACUAAACGCACUGCGGUACCUGUGAGCAAGGAACCAAUCGCAAAAGCAACCCAAACCAAGCAGGCAACCAACCAGGAGCUACAGAAACCAUCUCAACCUCUAAAAGAUGCAGUUCCGCAGAGUAAUAAACCAGCUGCAGCGGCCGCAACACCAAUGGCUCGUGCGUCUAAUACUUCAAUUGCUUCUGCAGAAAGACCGGUCAACAAGGCCAAACGUAGUGGUGCCAUAAGGGUGGUAAACCAGCCAAAGGUGCAGUUGCGUAGUGAAUGGACAAAGGGCCAAAAAGCAUUCUCCACUUUACACUUCCGAGCAGUGGCACUAAAGCGGUCGCGUGCUGAAGGCACGCCUAAUCCGGCAGCACUCGAGAUUGUAAAUGACCCGUCUAGUACCGUCAGGCCAAAACCCCCAGUCCCACGUGAUGAUCCCUAUGCUCGCCGUGAGGUUGGCCAGAGCCGUCCAAGGAGCCCAGAGUGCGAUGAUGCUCAGGGAGGGUCUAGGAGCGAGAUUUUGACCGACGAAAAUAUCCCCCUAGCACCCUGGGAGGUGGACAAAAUUCCGCAGGUGUGUCCUGAAUGGCGGCUCAGCAACAACUGUACAAAGACUGCUCAAGUCUGUAUUUUUCUGCAUCGCAACAAGGAUCCAGACGGGCGCGAUUACCCUGUAGGCCAUGCUGGAGGAUUUAUACCCCCAAAAUACCGCAGGCCACCUCUUACAUGCACCCACUGGCUGUACGGAAAGACUGGAUGUUUUAAGCCAGCUGACAAGUGUCUCUUUGCCCACCGAAAUACCGGCUGGGCACCAAACGAAAAUCACGCCAGCGAUACCCCUACUCGAAUCGAGAAGAAUAUAAAGCCGAUGUCAAAGCCGCAAAAUGAGCGAAAACAUGGUGCACUAAAGCCAGUGAAAAGUAUGGAUAGACUGGCCCCUCAGGAUUUGACAUGCUGGUACUGGGCCAAUGACAUUUGUCGAAACACUGCGGAGAAAUGCCAGUUCCAACAUUAUGAUACUGGAAUUCCUGCUCGUGCUCCGCAUAACUACGCUGUAUCUUCUUAUCGUCCUCUGCCUGACAAGAGCGAGGAUGUGGCGCCUACAGACGAUGAUUUAUCUCGUCUCAAGUCGCCCAAGGUUGCGGAUCCUGUGGAACUUGGUGCACCCGAAGCAACGUGUGAGAAGGUGCGGAAGAGGAUCGACUCAGUGUGCGAUCUCGACUUUGAAGAAUUAUUUGGCAGUAAUAAUUGUGAAAGAGGAAUUAAACUAAUAGACCGACGAGCUUUCUUGGUGUACCACUCAGAAGAGCAUGCGGAGGAGCUGGAGUUGAUUACUCGAUGGCUGCUGAUGCACCACGUCGAGGUCAGUGGCGUACAUUUUUCAGGCGGGUGGGCGAAGUUCCAGCAGGAAAUUAAGAGCGGAGGUUCUGGCGUCAUCAUUGCACAUGCUGAUUUCGAGUACUUCACCGAAUUACCGGGAUUAGGAGAUAUGCUCCAUCAUGAGAUUCGUGUCUGGUCACUUGGCAUCCAGGAAGGCAUCGCGUACGAUGCUGCUUUGUCACUUGAUCCACUCGUAUAUCGCUAUGGUCCGGUGGAAAUCUUCCCCGUCGGUGGGUUCAUCUACAUUACCGACGAGGUAUUUGACAAGGAGCCGCAAGUCGCUUUGAAAAUUAUCGAGCUAUUCCUCGCGAAAGUUGAAGAAUUGAAGCAGAUCAAGGGCCUGCCAAAUGCGGGAGGCCAGGUCGAAACCGCAAAUCUACUCUGGCGUCUAUGUGUCCGCCCAGAACUAAUGAAGUAUCUAUUUGAUUACUGCAAGAAGUACGAAGACCGGCUCGACAGCGGCGAUGCAGAAAUGCAGAGCCGUGCCCGCCUUUACACUCUCCUAUCCGACACACGAUACAUCGAGCAAGACUACCCCUCUGAGCCCCUCAGCCGCAUAAUGGGCAAAUUCCCCAUUCUAUCCGAGCGCCGAGUAAUUGCAGACAGCGAGCCAGUCGCAUACUUCAAAACAGUUAAACGCGACGCGGCGGCAGCCAACCUAAACAUGAUGCGCUACUAUGCAGGCUUGCACGUUGACCUGCGACGCGACUACCGCCAUUUUUUCCUGGUGCAUACGGAUCCACGGGCGGGGGUUGUGCAGCAGUGGCGAGACGAGAUGCAGACGAUUGGGCGGGUCAUGUCUGCGUGGCAGUGUGUGCAGGAGUUGGAAAAGGAGAGUCGAGUGAGCAUGAUUGAUUUUUACGAGCGGUUCAUGGGAGAAUAA